UCAAGCUCACACACCAGACUCUGAGGAACCAGCAAGGAAAUUUGAGGAUUUAUUGACAAUACAUAUUCUAAAGAUAUUUUUUGUUUGUUUACAAGGGCACCCUGGGCAUUAAAUUCAACAGGCAUUUUGAAAACAUGUCUGACAAUCUAAAAAAGAAUCCAAACGUUAUCCUCUGCGACAUGUGCCCAGAGGAGGACAGGAAACCAGCACGGAAGACCUGCAUGAAAUGUGAGAUCUCCAUGUGUGUCCAGCACCUCCAAACCCACCUGACCUCUCGUGUGUUACUUCAAACACACCCUCUGACCGAACCACUGGCCUUGGAGCACUCAGGCUUAAACAGUACUAAAUGCCCCCAACAUGGCAAGCUCUUGGAGUACUACUGCUUGGAUGACAUGACCUGUGUGUGUGUUUCCUGCGCCAUUGAAGACCAGCACCACCUUCACAACAUGAAGACGUUCUCCACGGCCCACAAAGAGCUCAAAGAGAAGCUCAAUGUAGAGCAGCAGGGUUUACUGGUGAAAACUAGUGAAGAUUAUGUGAAUCUGGGAAAGUGGGAGAAGAGUGAAAGAGAGAAAAUUAGUGGCUCCAGUGUGCGUCUCAUUGAAGCUGUGACCAGCCUGCGUGAUAUCGCCCUGAUCAGCGUCCAGAGUUCAGUCUCUGCCCGUAUGGUGUCCAUCAAAACCAGCAAGAGCAGCAUGCAAGCAGCACAGACGGAGAAGGACACCUUCAGAUUCCUGCAGAUGUAUUCUCAGGUGCAUCAGGAUGUGGAGAAGGCCAUGGCUGCGGAUCUGAGAAAAGGGUUGGAGCCUGGCAGUGACCGAGACAAACUGGUUAAGGAGAUAAGAGAGAAUGGUGAAAAAAUUGUGAAGCAAGCCAGCCACUUCUGGGGAUCCCUGGUCAUCCUGGUUGACCCAGAGAACCAUCAGGAGCUCGUUGCUACUAAAUCUGACCUGAUAUUUGACCAAAAGAAUCUGGGCCCUGGCAUGUCUCUGUCCGAAGACAAAAAGAAGGUUUUCUACAGUAAUUGGCUGGGGGGAAGCUCUACCUGCAUGUUUCCCAUUCAAGGUAUACAGUCCGGUGAAAACUUUGAGGGAUGGGUGACCAGCCUUUCGGAACACUGUGACUGGACCAUUGGUUUAUGUGACAAAAAUAACGCAAAGGCGUUGACAGAUAGAGAAGUCUAUGCCCUGUGCUGCAAAGGUAACCAGCUCAGCUUUCUCACGACACAGUAUAAUGAGCGGUAUGUAAUGAGGACUAAAACUAACAGACGGGGGAUCAAUAAAUCUUCUUAUUCUUGGAACAACCAGCACGUUUUCAGUCAGGCGGUUGACCCUUCAGGUAACAAUACAGCAAACCCAUUGGCCCGGCCGCAAAAAGUGGAAGUGGUGUUUGACUUUCCUAACUUAACGUUCUUCAGUGUCAGCCAAUACCAGAGAAGGAAAAUAGUCACAAUAACAGUGAGUCCUGUAAGCCCGUACCUAAACCCUUUUGUUUGCUUGGAAGUAGAAGAAUCACAGAAGGUCUUAGAACAUUUAAGAGCAAGACCACACGAGGCAUAUUCUCUUUCAAUUCGACAACAUUGCCAAAAGCAAUGGAGAUGCUCAUGUGGGAGGCUUUACAAUGAGACCGAUGAUGCAUACAAUUGUGGCGGGCAAAUUUACCCAAAGGUUUCCCAGGCCACAUGUGUUUGUGGGGCAGUUAUCGGUCCCCCACACAUCACAGAAAUGCUUUGUGAACUUCAGUAA